UUGUGGUUUACUUGCAACAAUAAACUAAUCAAUAUCUUUCCUCACUACAGACAUUGCUGGUGUAUUGUCGAUUUGUGACCCCGAAGAUAAGACGGAAACACAGCGGCUCCUCCUUGCUCGCGACAGCCCGUGACGGAGACUCUGGGUGCUCCCGUCACAUUGAUCCGCGUCCCUUUAUGUAACACCCCGGCACCAGGGUCAUUACCGGGAAAAUGUUGGAGGUUGUUGGCCAGGUGGUGGUGUACAGUGUGGCAGGCUGCCCACACUGUCUGGCAGCCAAGAAGACAUUGAAGGACUCCGGUGUGCCCGUCAUUGAUGUCUCUGUGGACCGCUUUCCUGCAGUACGAAGUUGGCUGCAGGAAAAAACUGGCAGAACAUCAGUACCACAAAUUUUCUUCAACGAGACGUAUGUUGGAGGGAAUGAUGACCUGCAGACAGUGAUGAAGGAUGAAGAGGCUUGGAAUAAACUGUUGGCGGACAUUCAGACAAACCAGCCCGAGGAAGGUUCUCUGCUCAUCCCUCAUCCCUCAGAGGCAACAGAUGUGGUGGUUUCAGAGUUUGUGUGUGAAAGUGAUCCUUCAGCUCCCAUCGUGGAGGAGCUGCAGGAGUCUGGCAUCCUGCACACCCACCGCACCUCCCUGUUCUCCUGCGUGAAGGAUGCUUUCAGUGGCCAGCAUUUUGUCAGCUGGAUUGUGACGGCAAAGGAAGUUGCUGAAAAAGAGGCCAUUGAUAUUGGACAAGAUCUCUUGGACAAAAAGUAUAUUUUGCCUGUGCAAAAUGGCACCCAGACCACCUUAAUGAAUGACCCCAAGGUGUAUUACAGACUUAAUGAGACAAGUAAGUCAGAUGCCCUGAACUCAGGACCAACCCAGAAGUGCAAAUUAAGGGAUGCCGGGGAGCUGUCCGAGUCACUGCGCAGGACAAUGCUGAAGCUCACCUCAGACCACAUUUCAGAUGAUGGCAAGGUUGUCAACUAUAAAGAAAUUAAGGUUGCUGAAGAGUUUGAAGAUUAUGUCAAGAUGUCUCAAGAGCUGCAGCGUGUUUCCAUAGAGAAGCUGGACCAGGACGAGUUGAAGGCAUUCUCCAUCAAUAUCUACAAUGCCCUGGUGAUACAUGCAACUGUCAUUAAUGGUCCUCCUUCAAAUUGGUUCUCCAGAGCAAGGUUCUUUGACAAAAUGUCUUACAUCAUUGGAGGCCACCGCUACUGUCUCAAUGAUAUAGAAAAUGGAAUCUUGAGAGCUAACAAACAAGGUCCACUUCAGUUCUCUGCUCCGUUUGGAAAGUCAGACCCUCGGCUAAAAACGAGUCUUAUUCAGGUAGAUCCAAGGAUUCACUUUGCUUUGAACUGUGGUGCUAAAAGUUGUCCCCCAAUAAAAACCUUCAGUUCCAAGAACAUAAAUGCAGAAUUACAACUGGCAACCGAGGCGUAUCUGGAGACGGAUGAAGCCCUGCAGAUAGAGGAGGACCGAGGCAUCAUCCACCUCUCCUCACUCCUGAAGUGGUAUUCUUCAGACUUUGGGGACACCACAGAUGAUGGGUUACGGUGGGUUUUGAAGAAUGUUGUUCAGCCAGAGAAAAAAGCUGCCCUUCAGAGUGUGAUGGACACAGAGAAGUAUAAGGUAAAAUACAUUGUGUAUGAUUGGGGAAGCAACAGCCAAGAUUGAGUACAUGAACCACACCAGUUUAAUUUAUAUAUACUGGAAACUCCUGAGUAGUUGCUUGGGUUAAUAUAUAACUAACAGUUGCCAGUAUCAUGAAAGUAUUGUUUUGCAAAAGAGGUCAUAACUGCAGUAACCGCUUCCCAUUGAAACUUACCUUCCCCUGGGUUGAAGUUGAAAUUUGAUUGAUUUAUUGGCCUCAAGGUAGAUACAUAGAUUAUUUUACACAUUGUCGUUAAGAGCCACUAGUCCAUUGAGCCGUAGCUUUCUUAUGGACUACAUGUUUUUUGUGAGCAUAACAGGUGCAACUGAAUCACUGAGCUCAGCUACUAUCAAUGUAAAUUAAAACAUGGAUCUUGUGUGCUAUAAUUUUUUUUAUUGGUGAUUUACUUGGAUAACAUAUGAUAGUUCUGCACCUGACACAAUUAUAGAAAAUGCAACUUACACAUAAGGGGUUUGACUGCAGUGACAUUUGAUGAAUGACUAACAAAAGUUCAUAUUGAGCAAAGACAUUGCCAUGUGAAGUAAUCUACUUCCACCAUAUUAAUGUUCAGUCAUCCUCCCCAGCAGUGGUAUAUUGACCUCAGCAUCUACCCUCUAACAUUCUUCACUAUGCACAAAGUUUCAUGUUUCACAAUUUUGUUGUUACCUCAUUUUGCAUCACUUUCAUGGCAGUUGCCCGUACUUUAUCUCAAAUAAUAAAAAAUAUAGGGUUCAAAUAGCCAGUAUGUGUGUGUGAAACCAGUUUGUUCAGAUUGUUUUAGCGUUGGCUGUUUAUGGUAUUUCCUAGUCUGCCACAUCUAUCUCCAAUUAUGGGAUUAGAGCCUAGGUGAAAGCAGUCACUGCCCCCCCCAUAAGAAAACUGUAUGCAUGUGUAUAUUUAUUUGUAUAAGUCAAUUUCAUAGCCUUAGCUUAUCUGAAUGCCCUCUGAAAUAGAACCAUGUGUAGGAACUUGAUACAGUCAUUGAAGGAACUAUUUUCCUUGAGUUCUUCCCUAAAUUUGUAUAGCCUAAUAUAGGGGAUUUCAUUAAAUCCUAAUACAGUC